CACGAUGAUUCAAGGUUGACAGCUUGACACUGAUAGUCUGACUUUGACACCUUACAAGAUUCCUAGUACAACACUCGUUGGUUGAACCCCCGAAGGUGCUGUGGUUCUUGUAUCAUCAACUAUAAUUCGGCCUGACAGAAGAUUAAAAUCCUAACGGUAUGGCCAAUCAUGUAAUUCAGUGUCAACGUACAGAUACCAAAAAUAGGAGAGUAUACAAAAACUGGUUUGUCAUCGCUCUGUCAGGAGUGUCAUGUGGUGGUAAAACUACCAUUGCAGAGAAACUCCUAAAGGAUGUUCCAGCAAGUAGGAUUCAUCUUAGUCAGGAUGAAUACAUUCUUCCAAAUGAUUAUAAAGGUCAUUUGAAGGCCCCUGAACCUCUUACUGGAUACAAUAAGGAUACACUUAACAGCAUUGAUAUGAACAAAAUGAUGUCUGAUAUUAAUUACAUAAUGUUGAAUGAUCCAGCAGAUAUUGAGGUAAGCAGUUCACUACAUUCUCGUGACAGGAAGGAAGUUAUUGGUUCAGCUGUAAAGUCGCCAAGACCACCAUUUCAUGGAUUUUUAGGAGAAAACUCAUUAUCUCCAGUACUGAUACUUGAUGGCUUUCUUUUGUUAAAUCAUUCUGAUAUACCUCCACUAUGUGAUAAGAUGUAUUUUAUAACUCUCACAAAAGAGGAAUGUUGGGAAAGGCGCAAAAGACGUACCUUUGUGUCGCCCGGCAUGGAUGCUGAAAGUUACUUUGAAUUUUGUAUGUGGCCAAAAUAUUUAGAACACUUCCAGGAAAUGUGCAGUCUUGUUAAGAAUAUAGAUUUCAUUGAUGGGUCUGACCCUUUGGAAGAUACUUACAAACAUAUUUUCAAAGACAUAUUGGGUAGUUUAGUUUGAACUAUUAUUUUUUUUCAUCAGCAGCACAUUCCAUUAACUGAAUAGACAAUAUUUUCUAUAGUUGAAGUUUUUUAUAUAAAAAAUUUUCAUUAAAAAUUUUUUUUUUUACAAAAUUCAAGUGUAUAUUAUGUUAAAAAAAAAUUUAAAAACACAUUGGGUUAAUUCUGUAAUUUCCUAAUCCUUCAUGGUGUAAAUAAAUACAGAAUGUUGAAUUGGCAACCCACUUGUCCAAAGCCUUGGGAGUUUUUCAACUACCCCAAAAGUAUUGAACGUGCAAGUCUGGUGUAAAAUGACUUUUCUUCUCUACCAGAUCAUAACCUAAGGUUUAACUAUAUUGCUGACAAAAAGUUGUCUGGGAGAGGGAUAUUUUGGUUGUAAUGUGGUAGUUAUUGCAGGUGUAUCUAAUUUUAAAACUGAAAAUAUCACUAUCUUAGUCUUGUUAGUGUUACAACCUAAGUUUCUCUACAUUAAGUGAUCAUUUUCCUAUCAAGUGUCCAGAUGUUUUUCUGCUCUACUACAGUCAAUUUGGCCAGUUGCAAAUAUGCAUAAAUUGGGAGCAUUUGUAAAAUUGCACUUAAGGUCAAGUUCUGUGAAGAACUCUUACACACUUCUUCAGUGUUUUAGUCAGUAUACAUGUUCUUUACAUUAACAAGCAUUAUUAUUUCAAUUUUGUUUUCAUCCAAGAGCAUGUGGAGGGAAUAGCAAAGUACUGUAAAUUAUGCAGCAAAACAAUAUUACUAGGCUAUAAAGGAGUUAAGUAAAAUGCAUUCUUCCUAAAAGGUUACAUAUAUUGAGGAACAUAAAUACGUUUGUAUACAUAACUGUGGUGUAUGUGCCUAUAAUAAGAAAUGCCAAAUAUGUCUACAACACCAAUGCUUUAAGCUUUAGGGUCCCAAGUGUACAAAAAGCUAGGGUACAAACAUUAUCUCAUACACUCAAGGGUCUAGAGCAAGACUUCCAGGAUUCCUCUAGCCAUCACUAGCAAUUAAGAGCAAUUUUUAUUUUUACAAUUUGGACUAUGCGCAAGGCUACAAAGUUCAUUGUAUUAAUGGCUUACUUCUAUUUAGCACUUCUUACAAAACUGGUUUGUUUUGGUAUCACAGCACAUUAAGACCGAAAAUACUGUGCAAGCUCCUUUUUUUUGUAUAAAAUUCUUCUUUACAAA